UGGAGGACAGACGGUAGCGGAAGCGUUGGAUCGGCUGGUUGUUGCGGUCUGCCCGGGUAUCCUCUCCUCUCCCUCGGUGCGCUCUGCUCCUGUGCGCUCCCGGACGCGGAGGAAUUGUGUGGAGCAUCAAGAUGGGGUCAUCUUCAUCAUCAACUUCAGCAGCAUCAGCACAACACUUUACUUUCUUCUCUGCUGCGCCGGAUCACGAGGAGAGCGCGCUAAAAUAAAACUCUGUGGCUUUUUCUCUCUCGACGAUUUCUAUUCCGGGAAACUUUUAAUUGUUUUACCCCCUGAAUUAUUUAUCUCAAAGCUUGCGGAAUGGAGAUCCCAACUUUCCUGCUGGCGACUAUUGCUGUGCUCUUCGUUGGAGGGGAUCUUUUCACCUGGGCCAUGCUGAGUGACAUUGGGGACUAUGUAGGUUCAGACAUUGAAAUAUCCUGGUUACCUAAUCUGGAUGAAUUAAUGAAGGGCUAUGCCAGAAAUUUUCGCCCUGGGAUAGGAGGUCCACCAGUCAACGUGGCCAUGGCCAUCGAAGUGGCCAGCAUCGACCACAUCUCCGAAGCCAACAUGGAUUACACCAUGACCGUGUACCUGCGGCAGAGCUGGAAAGACGACCGCCUGUCCUACAAUCACACCAACAAGACGCUGGGUUUGGACAGUCGAUUUGUGGACAAGCUGUGGCUACCCGACACCUUCAUCGUCAACGCCAAAUCUGCUUGGUUCCACGAUGUCACUGUGGAGAACAAGCUGAUCCGCCUGCAGCCAAAUGGAGUCAUUCUAUACAGCAGCCGAAUCACUUCAACGGUGGCAUGUGACAUGGACCUGACCAAGUAUCCUAUGGAUGAACAGGAGUGUAUGCUGGACCUGGAAAGCUAUGGCUACUCCUCAGAGGACAUUGUGUACCACUGGUCGGACAGUCAGAAGCACAUCCACGGCCUGGACAAACUAGAGCUCUCCCAGUUCACCAUCACAGACUAUCGGUUUGUCACUGAGAUGAUGAACUUCAAAUCUGCGGGACGAUUUCCAAGGCUCAGCCUUCGCUUCGAGCUGAGGCGUAACCGAGGCGUCUACAUCAUCCAGUCAUACAUGCCAUCCAUAUUGCUGGUCGCCAUGUCCUGGGUGUCCUUUUGGAUCAGCCAAACAGCAGUCCCUGCUCGUGUGUCCUUGGGGAUUACGACUGUUCUCACUAUGACCACCCUGAUGGUAAGCGCCCGCUCCUCCCUUCCUAGAGCGUCGGCCAUCAAGGCAUUGGACGUCUACUUCUGGAUCUGUUACGUGUUUGUGUUCGCGGCACUCAUCGAGUACGCCUUCGCUCACUACAACGCUGACUACAGACUCAAAGAGAAGGCCAAGGUGAAGGCCAACAAGCUAAGCUCAGAGUCCAUUGUGAAGAACGGCAAACAGGCCAUGGUUCUGUUUUCCCUGUCGGUCACCGGAAUGAACCAGGGCGUGAUGAUUUCCAACCGCCACGGGCGGCCCAAGCGCUCCAGCAGUGAAAUCCCCAGGGAGGGCGGCAGCGAGGAGUCCGAGCCCAGGAGGAGAAGAUCCCGGCAGACGGAGGAGAGCACGGAGGACAAGAAGUGCUGUUCCAAGUGCGUCUGCAAGCCCAUUGAUGCUGACACCAUCGACAUCUACGCCAGGGCCGUGUUCCCUUUCACUUUCGCCGUGGUGAACGUGAUCUACUGGGUGGCGUACACCAUGUGAAGAGAAGGCUGCUGGUCCGUGCCAAUGGCUGCCAUCCAGGGCUCUAUAUAAGAAACUGCUGGAGUCUCGUCACUUCAAUGCUGGCAGACUGGUGCAGCCCAAAUGUACUGCAGGCCUCAGUAACAAAAAGUACAAAAAAACGAGACAAUCUUCAGACAAAAAGAAGUGUCACGGUCUCUGAAUAUGGAAAUACGGUAAUUAAUGGAACUAGUUCAGAGUAUAAAAAGUGUUAGCAGGACUAUAUAUAUUUAAAUACAAAUACAGAAAUGUGCUGUAUAAAGGCAAAGGACUGUAUUGCCUGCACAGUUACAGUUUAGCCAAUUUCCACACGUCAUCCUGUUGUAAGAACGUAACACAGGACUAAACAUCUACCUGCAGUACUGACCACAAGCUCACAUCUCGCCAACACCAAAUAGCUCAACAAACUCAAAGCAACAAUCUGGAGUGAACCGCCUGUUAUCUUGAGAAAAAAAGAAGCAAAAGCACCGCCCAAACUAGAGAUGAGGUGUACUACUAUCCUGCAUGGCUGAUAACUCACUCACCCUCUUCCCGCGCCAUCGCCACCCCCUCUCUUCCUCUCUCUUCUUCGGUCCUCCACCCAUUUUGUUUUCAAUUCAUUUUUUGUACAGGACACCGUCUGCGGGGUCUUAUCUCCUUCUGCCAGUUCUGCCUGUUUCCUCACCAUUAAAGGACUUCCUUCACUACA